AGUGCACCUCCUGUACCUGAACCCCGUCCUCCUCCUUAACGUACACAUACACAUUAACCGCGUUAGCCUGUAGCUGGCUCGGCGGAGCGUCUUUAACCUGCCACCAUUCGCACUCUGCUCCUACUCUGAAGGAGACGUCUGAUGCUCCGUCAGCCCGGGUUUUAGUUCCUGGCGCUGUCACCCUCCUCUGCCUGUCAGCUGUGUGGGGCUACUGUAACUCCCACGACAACACCGCCAGGUAAACACCCAUGAAGACGCCGCGGUUGACCCCUCACCCAUGGGAGCCAGCUCAAUAACACAAGAGAGAACGCGUGGAGGUCGAGGCACCAUGGAUCUCUUGGCGCUCUCUCCAGUGGUAGCCCCACUCCACUGAUCUCUCCCUUUUCCCAUCUUUUCCUCCAUCUUCCCCCUUCAGCCUCCCCUCUUCCUUUUAUUCUUUCUUUCUUGCCCCUCACAACCACUCAGUCCUUACUUACAUCAUGGCAGGGGAGAAAGGUCCCAACAAGCGGAGCGCCAUGGACAUCAAGCGCCUGGCGAGCCUCAUUCAGAGAGGAACGGGCCGCCUGCUGGUGAUCGACAGCAGGACCUUUUCUGAGUACAACGCGUCACACGUGCAAGGUGCGGUCAAUGUCUGCUACUCCAAGCUGGUGAAGAGGCGACUGCAGCAGGACAAGGUCUCUGUCACCGAGCUGCUGCAGCCCAAUGGCAAAGUGAAGGUGGAGCUGGGCAGGAAGCAGGAAGUGGUGGUUUACGACCAAAGUUCCAAAGAGAGAGGGCACCUGUCCAAAGAUGGCUUUGUGCACAUCCUCAUGGGAAAGUUGGAGGGUACCUUCCACAAAGUCUCCCUGCUCACCGGAGGUUUCGCAGCUUUUUCCUCCUGUUUCCCCGGCCUGUGCGAGGGGAAGCCUGCCACUGCACUCCCAAUGAGCUUGUCCCAGCCCUGUUUACCUGUGGCAAAUGUAGGACCAACUCGCAUCCUGCCACACCUCUACCUGGGUUCACAGAAAGACGUUCUCAACAAGGAUUUGAUGUCUCAGAAUGGCAUCACCUAUGUCCUGAAUGCCAGCAACACCUGUCCCAAACCGGAUUUCAUCAGUGAGAGCCAUUUCAUGCGCAUCCCAGUGAACGACAAUUACUGCGAAAAACUGCUGCCCUGGCUGGACAAAACAAAUGAGUUUAUAGACAAAGCUAAGGUGUCAAACUGCAGAGUGAUUGUGCACUGCCUAGCUGGAAUUUCACGAUCAGCCACCAUCGCCAUUGCAUACAUCAUGAAGACAAUGGGCUUGUCAUCAGAUGAUGCCUACAGGUUCGUAAAGGACAGGAGGCCGUCCAUAUCCCCAAACUUUAACUUCCUGGGUCAGUUGCUGGAGUUUGAGAAGGGCCUGCGAUUACUACAAGCUUUAACUACAGAUGACAAGAAGUCUGAAAACAACUCCAAACAAAGCUCUGAGGUUAAUGGGGUCUCUGCUGGUUUUGAGAUCAACGGUCACCACACCAGCUGUGACUCAUCGGUGGCAGAUCCUCACACCAAGACUGAACCCAAGUUACCAUCUCCCACUUCCCUCCAGCAGGGCUUUAACGGCCUGCACCUCUCGGCAGAGAGGAUUAUGGACACUAACCGUCUCAAACGCUCUUUCUCUCUGGACAUUAAAUCUGUCUACUCUCCUAGCAGUCCACAUUGCCCCAGCAUGGCACCCACUCAUUCUGAAGACAUCCCCAAACUGUGCAAGCUCGACAGCCCUGGAACCGGCACCUCCAAUGGUGUCUGCUCCCCGUCGCCCGUCCUCGACAGCCCCGGCUCUUUCGAUUCACCAUUCCCCUCACCGAGCAGCGGGGGUAGCAUUGGGGGUUUGGGUGGAAGUGAAGGACUCUAUCGAUCUGGCACAUCCUCAUCCAGAACUAGAAGAAAAACUAAGCACAGCUGUGGUAAUUCUCCAGUCCACUCCCAUCAGCAUCAUCCUCCCCAAUCCCUCAGCUUGUCGCUGGACCACAAGAGCCCCAGCCUGGAAGAAAACCUCAGGGGUUCCCCGCUCCUCUCGCUACCCUCCCUGCCAUCUUUGGGUUCUGGGGCUAUGUGGACCAAACACAGAGACACUGUCCAGGCUACAACUCCUGUCACUCCAGUCACCCCAACCACGGACGCUCCCUGGCAUUUUGGAGCAGACGAAGGUGGUCAGGGAGAAAUGGAGCUGGGAGGAGGAGAUGGAAGGAGAGAGGAGUCAUCGGUGCGGUUUGGUAGCAGCUCAGCAUACGUGGCGUUUGGAUGUAGCGAAGGCGCCAGGUUACGGGACAAAUCCCAGAGGGAGAAGCCCUCAGGGUCUCAGACACAGAGGGACCACUGGGAUUCCACGUCCGCCAGCUCGAGUAACAGUGUUCCUGCAUCAGAAAAACAGUUCAAGCGCCGCAGCUGUCAGAUGGAGUUCGAGGAGGGCAUCUCCGAGACAAGGUCCAGGGAAGAACUGGGGAAAAUCGGGAAGCAGUCAAGCUUCUCCGGAAGCAUGGAGAUCAUUGAAGUGUCCUGACAGAUAAUGGACCUGGUGAAUGCUGUCCCGUGGGGGCAAAAAUGGACCUGUUUUAAGGGAGUGCCAGAAGAAGAAAAAUGAGGUGGAGCCAAUGAAGGUUUUUUUUUUGUGCUCCCCUCCACAGACAGUGUUAAAGACUCCAAUUGAGGGAAGGGCAGAUACAAGCUGAGAGUUAAUGUGAACAGUUUGCAAACCUGGACUGACAGAGCCUCAGAUGUGAUGUUUUAGGUAGUCAUACUUAUUCUGAACUCUUAGAAAUUGGAGGAAAUCCUGGGGGAAGGGGAGUUAAAGUUGUGGCUGUUGGUACUGCAAUUUUUUAUUUCUGUCACAGGUUAAAAGAUAUCACCCCAAGUAAGCAUCACAUUGCAUCUUGAUCAUACAAAAUUCCCUGAUGUUCAGACUCGUACUGUUUAUCUGUGGUUAAAUGUAGUGUGGGCUUCAGUGGGUGUACAGCUUGUGAUUUGAUCCUAGCCCCAUGUUUCGUCCCGAAGUUCCACCCCUGUGUCAGAGAACCCUGCACGGCUACAUCCGCCCACCACCACCUUUCCCCUGUGGUCCGGCCCGCCCCAAAUGCUGCAAAAGAACACCACCAACUGUAGUGGACUUAAUAUUACUGUGUCCUCCUACUAUCACAGCACAAAGCAGAGAGGUCCAACGGACUUAACAUAAAGACGGUACUGCAUUCAAAUAACGAAGGAUCCUCUGUAUUCUGUUGAGGAAAAGACUUGUAACAAUGGACAGUGUGUCCCUCCAAAGCACAGUACAUUUAUUCUGACUUUGGCUCCUUUUGUUUCAAAUGUUAACAGCAUGAUAAGACUGAGGUUUCCGGAUCCCCCCAGGCCUUUCCCCACUGAGCCACUAUGGCCAGAAGAGAGCAUGCACCUGAAAGGCUGACUACAGACAGACAAAUACUAUAUAUAUACAAUAUGAAUAUAUAUAGCAAUUUUAAUGAACUUCUGUUCAGUUAUAGUUUUAAUUUAUUGUACUGCUUCAUUCUGGUAAUGAGAAAUAAUAUAAUGUUUUGUGGAUUCUUUUUUUUUUCUUCUGUUGAAUUGUUAUUAUUAUUUGAUGUAUGGUAUUUAUGAACACACACUCAUUACAAAUACACACAUUCAACAAAAUUCAAGCAAGCAAUAUGUGCUGUUCCUUUUGUUUGAGAGAGUGAUGUAUGACUUUGAGAUGCACUUUUCUGCUGAGUGAUUACCAUUCACAUCCUGACAACACGAUAUUCCAAUAUUUUAUAUUUUGCUUCUGUUUUAUAAAAAGAAAAGGCACAGAAGUCCCACUGAUGAGUUCUUUAACCGGACCUCUGUAUUGUGAAUUCAGGAGUUUGUCACAACUGAGGGCCCAAUUAUGACUGAAAAGACUGUUUUACUCAGCUGUGUGGAGAUAAGAAAAGAGCAGCCUAACAACUCCUUGACCAUACUCUUAUAUAUGUUGAAGCAAAUGAGCCUGUCUUACAGCUAUGGCUGUG